UGUUUGUGUCAACUGGUUCCUGUGGGGCUGCUGCAGCCUCAAGCAGGAGCAACUCUUAUUACAAGUCGGUGACAGUAUUUGCUUUUAUUUUUAUUUUUUACAUUAAAUCGCUGAAAUGAUAAGUUUGCUGUGGAGGAGCAAGUUAAAUGUGUCUGCUCGCUGCGGUGUUAUUGAAGUGUAGCGUUAGCUUGGACAGUAGCAGACUUUGGCUAACGUUAGCUUAACUGCUAAAGGGGAAGCAAGCUAGCCCGCUAAGCUAGCUAACUGCUAACCUACAGUAUCAACAGUCGUCAAGGCAACAACAAUGAACAUCCUUCCGAAGAAGAGCUGGCACGUGCGCAACAAGGACAACGUUGCUCGUGUGCGGAGGGACGAGGCCCAGGCGGCUGAGGAGGAGCGCGAGGCCAAGCGUCGCGUGGAGCGUGCAGAGCAGGAGGCUCGUACAGAAUAUCUGAGAAGGAAAGCUCGAGCUGCUCUCACUUCAGUAGGAGAAGGGAGGCAUGAUGACGAUGUCGGUGAAGGAAGUGGAGCUCUGGAGCAUCUUAAUCUUUUUCCCCUGGAGGACUCCUCGGAGAAGAAGGGGAACGAGGAGUAUCUCAAAGAAAAGAAGGAUGAAAAGGAGAAACAGGAACGAGCCAUUGGCUUGCUGGUGUCUCUCGGACCCCAGCCAGGGUCUGAAGUCACUCCGUGGUACAUGAAGACCAGCAAAGAGAAAGAAGAGAGAAGAGAAAAAGAAGAGAGGAAAGAAAAAGACAAGAGGAAGGGAUUAAGUGAAGAGGAGAGAGAGAAGAAGGAUCGCAGAUUGAAGGAUAGUUUAGACCCACUGAAAGAUAUGAGGAAAGCACUGGCUGUAAAGGAGAGGAAUUACCAUAGCAGCAAGAAAACGGAAAAAAGAGACAGAGGGGAGAAGAGGAGCAGCGGAGAGAGCUCCAUAGAAAAGUUACGUGCCGAGCGCUUACAGAGGGAGGCUGAAGAAAGGAGGAGAGCCCAGGCCCUGCUCGACCAGAGGAACGGAAAAGGGAAGGAGCCAGGGAAGGAGGUGAACGAGAGGGAGAGGCCGUACAACAGCGCAUACUUUCCUGAACUUGCUCGAAAGCGCCAAAGACGGGAUCGAGAGAGCUGGAGAGAGGAAAUAUUAAAAUCAUGAACCAUCUUUAUUGGUUGUUCGACGAGUUGGUGGACAAAUAUUGUGACCAGUGUGUUUCCAGAUGAAGCAAAUGGAAUUAAGAACAUGGGAAGUGUGUCACAGUAGGUUUAGAGCCACACGAAGAACAGAAGUGUAACCUGGUCCUGUUGUUGUCAGUAAGUUAAUAAAGGGGCAGCUUGUAGGCCACUUAUUAUUUAAUUUGUUCACCCAGAAAGUCAGAGGUCAGGUUCAUUUACCGUUAUCUCCUGCAGUGUUUCGCUCAUGAGCACGUCAGCAGGGCAGAUGGUCGUCAUCACAGGGGGCUUGAAGGUCAAGCUCUUGGCACAGAAUACACGCAGUGAACAACUGUUGGUAUUGUUUAUAUUAUUUCUAAAAAUCAAACAGAUUGUAAAAUGAUAGAAAAUCUGCACACUGAAUGAACAAUAGUGUUUAAGUAAAGAAAUGAUACUGUGGAGAGUCGAGCUGAAACAAUAAGUCAGUUAAUCAAUUAGUUUGACAGAAAAUUGUGAAUUUCACUUAUUUUUGAAAGCUAAAUUGCCAACCACUCUCUGUUUCCAGCUUUUCUUUGUCAUGUAUUAGUCAAAGCUGAAUUUCUUUGGGUUUUAGACUGUUUGCUGGAUAAAAUAAACAGUGUGAAGAUGUCACGUUA